AUGGAUACCAGUGGGGUGAAAGUGCUGGAGUCUGCAGAUGACAUCCAGGAGCGCCGGCAGCAGGUGUUGGACCGCUACCGGCGCUUCAAGGAGCUGUCGGGCGUGCGCCGGCAGAAGCUGGAGGACUCGUACCGCUUCCAGUUCUUCCGCCGCGAUGCUGACGAGCUGGAGAAGUGGAUCCAGGAGAAGCUGCAGAUCGCCUCUGAUGAGAACUACAAGGACCCUACCAACCUCCAGGUCAGUCUGCCUUGUCCGUGUGUCUGUCAGCAUACGGCAUAACAGUACCUACCUAUCGCACAUUGCAUUUCAACAGCUCCGGGUAGAUUUAUGAUUAGCCUGUCCAGUUGCCAUUUUAGGCUAUUGGAAUUUGUGUGGUGCUGUAUGCUGGGCUUUGACAAAAUGAAUGGUAACAUCCUGAUUCCAUUUUAUUGUCACCUUACUUUAUUACAGUGUGCACGAGACACUUUUUGUGAAUUGACUGACUUGUAGCCUCUCCAGUGGCCAUUCGAAAUGAAACCGCAAGGCCAUAAAACUCCUCACAUAGAAUGAUCAGUACAUCAUAAUCCUUAAAUGCUGUGACCCUUGGCCAGGUAUUUCUGUCCUGUCCACUGUAGUCUUUGUGCCAUGCUAACAUGCCUCCUCUCCCCUCCCCCCACAGGGCAAGCUCCAGAAACAUCAGGCCUUCGAGGCUGAGGUGCAGGCCAACGCUGGAGCCAUCAUUAAGCUGGACGAGACUGGCAACCUCAUGAUCUCCGAAGGCCACUUUGCCUCCGAAACCAUCCGCGUAAGAGACAAAGACACACCCACACAGUCCGCUGAGCUAUGUGCCUGACCAAGAUAGAUCUACACAAUCCACACUUUUUAACCCGAUCAUGUCUGGUUCAGUCCUUCACGCCCUACCGGACUUCCCAGAGACCCAUAGUCUCAAGUUUCAAUAUGGCUGACUAUAUAAAAGUAGGUGCUUGGGUGAUGUGGACCUCCUGGCUCUUGUGUUUCUCUCUCUUUUUAGGUUCCACUGCCUUUUAAUUCUGUCAGAUCCAUUCUGUUUGCUGUGUGGUUAUGACAUAUUUAUGAAGACUUUAUGAUAAGUGCAUGAUGUGUGUGCCUAUUUUCCAUUGAUAAGCACUUAUCUUGGUCUCAAACUACAGCUUCAGCAAGUACUGGACCCAUAGUACUGGACCCAUAACCUGUGUCUGAGUAGGAGUGCUGAUUUGGGAUCAGUUGUAACUUUUGUAUCAUAAUGGACAAGAUCACAGGGGGGGGGGGGGGGGCUGGUCCUAGGUCAGCACUCCUACUCUGAGAUACUUUAUGAAUACGGGCCCUAAUUUCUCUUUUAGAUCGUAGUGAAUAACGUUGUAUGGACAGAGGGGACCUGAUCCCAGAUCAGCACUCCAACUCUGAGAGACUGUGAAUAUGGGCCCUGGUCUUGAAUCACUUUCCAUCACCCUGUGUAAAUUGUUUGCCUUUCUGCCUGUAGACUCGUCUGGAGGAGCUGCACCGUCUUUGGGACCUGCUGCUGCUGAAGACCAAGGAGAAGGGUGUUCGUCUGCUGCAGGCCCAGAAGCUGGUGCAGUACCUGCGCGAGUGUGAGGAUGCCCUGGACUGGAUCAGUGACAAGGUCAGUGUCUCAACCUGAAGUCUCACACAUCUUCAUCUCAUCACAAGGUCACAUGUACUCAACCUGAAAGCUUAUACACCUACACAGUCUUUAUUUUAAACAAAAAAGUAAGAAUAAAACAACAACAAAAAAGUGUUGAGAAAAAAAGAGCAGAAGUAAAAUAACAGUCUAUGACUAGGGUGGCUGGAGUCUUUGACAAUUUUGAGGGCCUUCCUCUGACACCGCCUGGUAUAGAGGUCCUGGAUGGCAGGGAGCUUUGCCCCAGUGAUGUACUGGGCCGUACGCACUACCCUCUGUAGUGCCUUGCGGUCAGAGGCCAAGCAGUUGCCAUACCAGGCGGUGAUGCAACCAGUCAGGAUGCUCUCGAUGGUGCAGCUGUAGAAUUUUUUGAGGAUCUGAGGACCCAUGCCAAAUCUUUUUAGUCUCCUGAGGGGGAAUAGGCUUUGUCGUGCCCUCUUCACGACUGUCUUGGUGUGUUUGGACCAUGAUAGUUCGUUGGUGAUGUGGACACCAAGGAACUUGAAGCUCUCAACCUGUUCCACUACAGCCCCGUCGAUGAGAAUGGGGGCGUGCUCAGUCCUCUUUUUUUCCCUGUAGUCCACAAUCAUCUCCUUUGUCUUGGUCACGUUGAGGGAGAGGUUGUUGUCCUGGCACCACACGGCCAGAUCUCUGACCUCCUCCCUAUAGGCUGUCUCAUCGUUGUCGGUGAUCAGGCCUACCACUGUUGUGUCGUCGGCAAACUUAAUGAUGGUGUUGGAGUCGUGCCUAGCCAUGCAGUCAUGGGUGAACAGAGAGUACAGGAGGGGACUGAGCACGCACCCCUGAGGGGCCCCCGUGUUGAGGAUCAGUGUGGCAGAUGUGUUGUUACCUACCCUUACCACCUGGGGGCGGCCCGUCAGGAAGUCCAGGAUCCAGUUGCAGAGGGAGGUGUUUAGUCCCAGGAUCCUUAGCUUAGUGAUGAGCUUAGAGGGCACUAUGGUGUUGAAUGCUGAGCUGUAGUCAAUGAAUAGCAUUCUCACGUAGGUGUUCCUCUUGUCCAGGUGGGAAAGGGCAGUGUGGAGUGCGAUAGAGAUUGCAUCAUCUGUGGAUCUGUUGGGGCGGUAUGCAAAUUGGAGUGGGUCUAGGGUUUCUGGGAUUAUGCUGUUGAUGUGAGCCAUGACCAGUCUUUCAAAGCACUUCAUGGCUACAGACGUCAGUGCUACGGGUCGGUAGUCAUUUAGGCAGGUUAUCUUAGAGUUCUUGGGCACGGGGACUAUGGUGGUCUGCUUGAAAUAUGUUGGUAUUACAGACUCAGUCAGGGACAUGUUGAAAAUGUCAGUGAAGACACUUGCCAGUUGGUCAGCACAUGCUCGGAGUACACGUCCUGGUAAUCCGUCUGGCCCUGCGGCCUUGUGAAUGUUGACCUGCUUAAAAGUCUUACUCACAUCGGCUACGGAGAGCGUGAUCACAUAGUCGUCCGGAACAGCUGGUGCUCUCAUGCAUGCUUCAGUGUUGCUUGCCUCGAAGCGAGCAUAGAAGUGGUUUAGCUCGUCUGGUAGGCUUGUGUCACUGGGCAGCUCGCGGCUGUGCUUCCCUUUGUAGUCUGUAAUAGUUUUCAAGCCCUGCCACAUCCGACGAGCGUCAGAGCCAGUGUAGUAUGAUUCAAUCUUAGACCUGUAUUGACUCUUUGCCUGUUUGAUGGUUCGUCGGAGGUCAUAGCGGGAUUUCUUAUAAGCGUCCGGGUUAGAGUCCCGUUCCUUGAAAGCGGCAGCUCUACCCUUUAGCUCAGUGCGGAUGUUUCCUGUAAUCCAUGGCUUCUGGUUGGGGUAUGUACGUACGGUCACUGUGGGGACGACAUCAUCGAUGCACUUAUUGAUGAAGCCAGUGACUGAUGUGGUGUACUCCUCAAUGCUGUCUGAAGAAUCCCGGAACAUGUUCCAGUCUGUGCUAGCAAAACAGUCCUGUAGCUUAGCAUCUGCGUCAUCUGACCACUUUUUUAUUAGCCGAAUCACUGGUGCUUCCUGCUUCAGUUUUUGCUUAUAAGCAGGAAUCAGGAGGAUAGAGUUAUGGUCAGAUUUGCCAAAUGGAGGGCGAGGGAGAGCUUUGUAUGCGUCUCUGUGUGUGGAGUAAAGGUGGUCUAGAGUUUUUUCCCCUCUGGUUGCACAUUUAACAUGCUGGUAGAAAUGAGGUAGAACGGAUUUAAGUUUCCCUGCAUUAAACUCCCCGGCUACUAGGAGCGCUGCAUCUGGAUGAGCGUUUUCCUGUUGAUUAUCUCUACAUGUAUCUCUACUGGAGACCAUGGCCUAAAACAUGUCUACAGAACCCUAAUAGACAACAUGACCUUACCCUAAAUCAUGUCCAACAGGAGGCCAUUGCCAUAGGACAUUUAUAGACAACCUAUCCUAAACAUUAGCCUCCCCAUGUCUGCAGGGCCCUACUAGAAUACCAAUCCUAAGCAUUAGCCUCCCCAUGUCUGCAGGGCCCUACUAGAAUACCAAUCCUAAGCAUUAGCCUCCCCAUGUCUGCAGGGCCCUACUAGAAUACCAAUCCUAAACAUUAGCCUCCCCAUGUCUGCAGGGCCCUACUAGAAUACCAAUCCUAAACAUUAGCCUCCCCAUGUCUGCAGGGCCCUACUAGAAUACCAAUCCUAAACAUUAGCCUCCCCAUGUCUGCAGGGCCCUACUAGAAUACCAAUCCUAAACAUUAGCCUCCCCAUGUCUGCAGGGCCCUAUUAGAUAACCGAUCCCUAAACCAUGUCUGCAGGGCCCUAUUAGAUAACCGAUCCCUAAACCAUGUCUGCAGGGCCCUACUAGAUAACCGAUCCUAAAGCUUACCAAAACCCGUGUCUAACAGGAGGCCAUGGCCACCUCGGAGGAGCUGGGCCAGGACCUGGAGCACGUAGAGGUGCUCCAGAAGAAGUUUGAGGAGUUCCAAACGGACCUGGCAGCCCAUGAGGAGCGCGUGAACGAGGUGAACCAGCUGGCGGGCAAGCUGAGCCAGGAGUCCCACCCCGAGGCGGAGCUCAUCGUUCGCAAGCAGGAGGAGGUGAACGCCGCCUGGCAGAGGCUCAAGGGCCUGGCGCAGCAGAGGCAGGGCAGGCUGUUCGGAGCCGCCGAGGUGCAGCGAUUUAACAGGUAUGCCCAGGACAGGCUGGGUGUGUGUUUCUUUUAGUGUGUGUGGGUGUCUGUGUGAUGGGGAAGCCACAAGAGAACUGAGAGGAUCAAUAAAUGUUGAUUUUCUGUUCUGACUGAGAGUGUUAUGUGGCCUGCAGGGAUGUGGACGAGACCAUCAGCUGGAUCAAGGAGAAGGAGCAGCUCAUGGCAUCCGAUGACUUUGGCCGGGACCUGGCCAGCGUUCAGGCCCUGCUGCGCAAGCACGAGGGCCUGGAGAGAGACCUGGCUGCCCUGGAGGACAAGGUCAACACUCUGGGCGGAGAGGCUGAACGUCUGCAGCAGACCCACCCCCAGAACGCCUCCCAGAUCCACAUGAAGAGGGACGAGCUCAUCACCAACUGGGAGCAGAUCCGCACGCUGGCCGCCGAGCGCCACGCCCGCCUCAAUGACUCCUACAGGUGGGUACCGGUAAAACCCUGGCCGCCUUAACAGCAAACACUCUUAACUUUACUGAGUCAGUACCGUAAUGUUACUAUGUCACUACCAUAACAUUGCAGUGUCACUACUGUAACUUUACUGUGUCAGUAUCGUAACGUUACUAUGUCACUAUCAUAACUUUGCAGUGUCACUACCGUAACUUUACUGGGUCAGUACCGUAACACCACUGCGCUCAACACACAGCAACUACCCAAUAGCAUGGUCAAACAACACAUUUAUCAGCCAUUUGAGCCCAGUUUAGUUGAAAGUAUGUAGAACCCUAUCAUCUGACUGACUGUGUGUUUUGCCCCCUGCAGGCUGCAGCGCUACACUUCAGACUUCCGUGACCUGACCAGCUGGGUGACGGAGAUGAAGGCCCUGAUCAACGCUGAUGAGCUGGCCAACGACGUGGCUGGAGCUGAGGCUCUUCUCGACCGUCACCAGGAACACAAGGUACAGGAAACUGAUCAUAAUAAUAAUUUUAAAAAAUUGCAGUUGUGAAGUACUGUAUAUUUUCUCAGAUCUUCAAUCAGUGAUGCUAGUUUUUCCUGCAAUGUUGCUAAUGUUUACUGUGUGUGUGGUCCUAGGGUGAGAUUGAUGCCCAUGAGGACAGCUUCAAAGCCACGGACGAGGCCGGCCAGGCUCUGCUCAACACCGGACACUACGCCUCCGAGGAGGUCAAGGAGAAGGUAGGGCUAUCUGUCUGUCUCUUUGUCCUUGGUUUGGAAUUCAAGCUUUUACAUGGACCUGUGGACAGAUUAAUUGAACCCCAUCCAUCCGUGUGUGUGUGUAGCUGGGUGUCCUGACUGAGGAGAAGGAGUCUCUGCUGGAGCUGUGGGAGGUGCGCAGGCAGCAGUACGAGCAGUGCAUGGACCUGCAGCUCUUCUACAGGGACACGGAGCAGGUUGACAACUGGAUGAGCAAGCAAGAGGUAUCUCCAUCCACACACAAUAACAUGCUCACUUAAUUACACUCAAAUUAUUAUUCUCCAAAAAUGUUUGGGUGUGAAGUAAUUAUUGUGUGCGUGCAGGCGUUCCUUCUGAACGAGGACCUUGGUGACUCUCUGGAUAGCGUGGAGGCCCUGCUGAAGAAACACGAGGACUUUGAGAAGUCCCUCAGCGCCCAGGAGGAGAAGAUCACUGUGAGUACCAAACCGUAACCACUAGGAUCAGCUUUUCCUCCUCAAAUCUUACGCUUAACCUCUAACCUCUCUCCAGGCCCUGGAUGAAUUUGCCACCAAACUGAUCCAGAACAACCACUAUGCCAAGGAGGAUGUGGCCACUCGUAGAGAUGCUGUAAGUAGAAUACGAUGAUCAGGACAGCAAUGUGUCCUAUGUUUGUAGCACUUUGUACUCUCUAUUUUACAUUGACAUUUUAGUCAUUUAGCAGAUGCUCUUAUCCAGAGCAAUUAGGGUUAAGUGCCUUGCCCAAGUGCCCAGAUUUUUCACCUAGUCGGCUUGGGGGUCCGAACCAGCGACCUUUCGGUUACUGGCCCGACGCUCUGAACCACUAGGCUACCUGCCACCCUAUAUCUGCUUAUACCAUAUCCUGGGUGUUGUGUAUAAAAUCUCACCCACCCUUCAGCUGCUGAGCCGCCGUAACGCCCUGCAUGAGCGUGCCCAGUCCCGCCGCGCCGCCCUGGAGGACUCCUUCCACCUGCAGCAGUUCUCCCGCGACUCGGACGAGCUCAAGAGCUGGAUCAACGAGAAGAUGAAGACGGCUACCGACGAAGCCUACAAGGUAUCAAUGUUUCUUAGUUAGCUACUUUAUAGUGAUGUUCUUUAGCUAGUUAGUUAGCUACUUUAUAGUGGUAUACUUUAGCUAAUUAGUUAGCUACUUAGUACUUUCUAAUGGGGUUUCAAUACUCAACAUGGCUUCCUCCUAGACUGCAAUGGGAUCCUAUUAGGCUGCAAUACCACUGUGAACCAUACAGUUCCUUCUUCCCAGUACUCUGGCCUAAUACUUAUAACAACCCCUUCCUUACACUAUCUCUCUGCUCUUUCUGUUCUCCUCAGGACCCGUCCAACCUGCAGGGCAAGGUCCAGAAACACCAGGCCUUCGAGGCGGAGCUGUCAGCCAACCAGAGCCGCAUCGAUGCGCUGCAGAAGUCUGGACAGGAGCUCCUGGACGGCAAGCACUACGCCGCCGACGAAGUGUCGGUCCGCAUGGACGAGGUCAGCUCCCAGUGGAAGAAGCUGCUGGAGGCCACCGAGCUCAAAGGUGAGAUGAGUGGGAGAGAGGCAGUUCAGAUGGAGUGUGUGGCUAUUAUUAUUAUUAUUAUUAUUAUUAUUAUUAUUAUUAUUAUUAUAGCAACCACCAUUUAGAGUUUUCCUCGAGUGGAGGAAAUAUAAAAUGGUGGCGACGCUAGUGACUCUGUAGAGGAGCGCUGCAAAAAGGUGCAUUUGUUAGAUUUUAAGCUUGUUUUUAGUCCCUACAUUAGGUUUCAUUUCAGAGCCCCAAUAUCUGAAACCAAACCUACAAAUGUAGAACUUCCCUUCCUCUUACUUCAAUACUUACAUCCAACUUAAUUUCAUCUACCCUUAAACCUCUCCUCACAACCCUCUCCUCUCUCCCCAGGCAUCAAGCUGCGUGAGGCCAACCAGCAGCAGCAGUUUAACAGGAAUGUGGAGGACAUUGAGCUGUGGCUGUACGAGGUGGAGGGCCACCUGGCCUCCGACGACUACGGCAAGGACCUGACCAGUGUCCAGAACCUGCAGAAGAAACACGCCCUGCUGGAGGCCGAUGUGGUCGCACACCAGGUAAUGAUUUACUGUCAUAUCAAAACUAGGUAACUGCCCUACUGCCAUCACCAGGUAACUGCCCUACUGACUGCCAUCACCAGGUAACUGACCGACUGACUGCCAUCACCAGGUAACUGACUGACUGACUGACUGCCAUCACUAGACCCAAAAAGUAAACUACUGACAGACACUGUUGCAUUUACCUCUGUGAGCAGCUAGACAGUGUGUUGCUUCUCUAAUUAGAAGAAUCCCAUCCAUGCCUGGUAGUUCCUAGAAACAGCUGGACUGUGCUGAUCUAUAGGUUUUUGAUUGACCGGCAAAUAUGAACUCUGUGAUUUUAUGCAUGGGAGUUGCCACUCCAAGUCGCCUUCAUUGCCCAGUUGCAGAGACAUUAUUAUGGUCUACAAUAUUCAGGCAUUCAAAUAUUUGUGUCGACUGGCUGACUUAUACUGUCUGGCAGUGCACAAGGUAAGUCUUACUGCCACCACGUAACUGACCGACUGGCUCUCCCCUCUCCAGGACCGCAUUGACGGCAUCACCAUCCAGGCACGUCAGUUCCAGGAGGCGGGCCACUUUGACGCCGACAACAUCAAGCGCAAGCAGGAGGCGCUGGUGGCGCGCUAUGACGCCCUUCGCGACCCAAUGGCUGCCCGUAAGCAGAAGCUAUCGGACUCCCUGCGGCUGCAGCAGCUCUUCAGGGAUGUGGAGGACGAGGAGACCUGGAUCCGGGAGAAGGAGCCCAUCGCCGCCUCCACCAACCGGGGAAAAGACUUGAUUGGCGUUCAGAACUUGCUGAAGAAGCACCAGGCCCUGCAAGCGGAGAUCGCCGGCCACGAACCCCGCAUCAAGGCUGUCACUCAAAAGGGAGAGGCCAUGGUGGAGGAAGGUAAGCCGGCUCUUACUAACAUGCAUACUGUCACCUUUUUCAACUGUUCACCUGUUGACUAUCUAAUAGGUUGGGUCAAUUCCAUUUAAAUUCAGUCAAUUUAAGUUAACUUCCUGAAUUGACUGAACUAAAAUGGAAUUGUCCCAACCCCGCUCUCCAGGUCUUUAUUGUAAAAUAUUUUUCUCAAUGAUUUACCCUCCAAUAAAUAAACAAUCCCCCUCUCCCUGUGGUCCCCACUAGGUCACUUUGCCAGGGAGGAGGUGAAGGUGAAGCUGGAGGAGCUGAAUGGCCGCUGGGACACCCUGAAGGGCAAGGCCGGCCAGCGCAGGCAGGACCUGGAGGACUCUCUGCAGGCCCAGCAGUACUUUGCUGACGCCAACGAGGCAGAGUCCUGGAUGAGGGAGAAGGAGCCCAUCGUGGGCAGCCCCGACUACGGCAAGGACGAGGACUCUGCUGAGGUAAGGGAGGCGGAGAGGGACAUUUGGUUAUCUAGGUGGGUAAAUUAAGGAGGUGAAUUAAUGAAUGAAUGAAUACUUUGUUUGAGGAUAGGUUUGGAUGUAGAAUGUUGGAGGAUGUAAAGUGGAGAUGAUACUCACCCCUCCCUGCUCUGCUCUUUCCCAGGCCCUGCUGAAGAAGCACGAAGCCCUGAUGUCUGACCUGAGUGCCUAUGGAAGCAGCAUUCAGGCUCUGAAGGAGCAGGCCCAAACCUGUAGGGUAAGUCUGGGACCCACAUUGUAUAUUUAGCCUUAUUGUAAUAUGGAUGUGAGCCAUUUGACAACUAAUGAAUGCCUAAACUAACUAGUUAAAAAACUGUGUUUCACAUCCGUGCAAACAUCUGAGAACCAGAGGUCCAACAAAUCUAUAAUUUCUUUACAACUCCAGGUCUAUCAUAUACACAAACUAAUAUGUUCAUGUUGCCAUCGUCUAGAUUGCACCUAUAAUUCUUAUUUUUCAUUACACCUGCAGCAACAAGUGGCUCCUACCGAUGAUGAGACGGGUAAAGAGCUGGUGCUGGCCCUCUAUGACUACCAGGAGAAGAGCCCCCGCGAGGUCACCAUGAAGAAGGGAGACAUCCUCACCCUGCUCAACAGCACUAACAAGGUACACACAAACACAGCAUCUUAGCGAGAUGAACAAAAGCCUUGUACCAGAAACAACUGCUAGCUCAUACCCAUGACUAGGCACUUGAUGUAGAACGGAAAUAAUUGUAAGGGUAUAAGCAAGAUAGUUUGGGACUAAUCUCUUCAUCUUUUAUGGGGGAUAAAAAGAGCAUGUCUUCUCCUGUGGUCCUUUCUCCUGACCUCCCCUCUCUCCCCUGCUGUAGGACUGGUGGAAGGUGGAGGUGAACGACCGCCAGGGUUUUGUGCCGGCAGCCUACGUCAAGAAGCUGGAUCCCACCCAGUCCUCUUCCAGAGAGAACCUGCUGGAUGAGCAGGGAAGCAUCGGCCUGCGCCAGGAUCAGAUCGAGAACCAGUAAGGGCCUACUUCUAUUCCCUCCACCUAAGCCAGUUCCAGAAUACCCCAUCCCUAGUACCCCUAUCCCCAGUACUUCUCUUCAGUACACUCCUGCAUCUCUGUAUAGUUAUUUACCACUUUUACCCCUUUAACUUAGGACGUGUUGUCCCUAAUGGGUUAAUUAACUGUGUAUUCUAAUGUGUUCUAACGUUGCCUGACUUGAACAAAUGUGCGUGUGCGCUCAACCCAAUAACAUUUACCUCUUUGAUGCCCCUGUCAUCUCUCUCCUUCUGUCUCUCUCUCGCCUUCUCUCUCUCUCUCGCCUUCUCUCUCUCGCCUUCUCUCUCUCUCUCUCUCGCCUUCUCUCUCUCUCUCUCUCUCUCUCGCCUUCUCUCUCUCUCUCGCCUUCUGUCUCUCUCUCUCGCCUUCUGUCUCUCUCUCUCGCCUUCUGUCUCUCUCUCUCGCCUUCUGUCUCUCUCUCCUUCUGUCUCUCUCUCCUUCUGUCUCUCUCUCCUUCUGUCUCUCUCUCCUUCUGUCUCUCUCUCCUUCUGUCUCUCUCUCCUUCUGUCUCUCUCUCCUUCUGUCUCUCUCUCCUUCUGUCUCUCUCUCCUUCUGUCUCUCCUUCUGUCUCUCUCUCUCGCCUUCUGUCUCUCUCUCUCGCCUUCUGUCUCUCUCUCUCACCUUCUGUCUCUCUCUCUCGCCUUCUGUCUCUCUCUCUCCUCUCUCUCUCUCGCCUUCUGUCUCUCUCUCUCCUCUCUCUCUCGCCUUCUGUCUCUCUCUCGCCUUCUGUCUCUCUCUCGCUCGCCUUCUGUCUGUCGCUCUCGCCUUCUGUCUGUCGCUCUCGCCUUCUGUCUGUCGCUCUCGCCUUCUGUCUGUCGCUCUCGCCUUCUGUCUGUCGCUCUCGCCUUCUGUCUGUCGCUCUCGCCUUCUGUCUGUCGCUCUCGCCUUCUGUCUGUCGCUCUCGCCUUCUGUCUGUCGCUCUCUCUCUCGCCUUCUGUCUGUCGCUCUCUCUCUCGCCUUCUGUCUGUCGCUCUUUCUCUCGCCUUCUGUCUCUCUCUCUCUCUCGCCUUCUGUCUCUCUCUCUCUCGCCUUCUGUCUCUCUCUCUCUCGCCUUCUGUCUCUCUCUCUCUCGCCUUCUGUCUCUCUCUCUCUCGCCUUCUGUCUCUCUCUCGCUCGCCUUCUGUCUCUCUCGCUCUCGCCUUCUGUCUCUCUCUCUCGCUCUCGCCUUCUGUCUGUCUCUCUCGCUCUCGCCUUCUGUCUGUCUCUCUCGCUCUCGCCUUCUGUCUGUCUCUCUCGCUCUCGCCUUCUGUCUGUCUCUCUCGCUCUCGCCUUCUGUCUGUCUCUCUCGCUCUCGCCUUCUGUCUGUCUCUCUCGCUCUCGCCUUCUGUCUGUCUCUCCUCGCCUUCUGUCUGUCUCUCUCGCUCUCGCCUUCUGUCUGUCGCUCUCGCCUUCUGUCUGUCUCUCUCGCUCUCGCCUUCUGUCUGUCUCUCUCGCUCUCGCCUUCUGUCUGUCUCUCUCGCUCUCGCCUUCUGUCUGUCUCUCUCGCUCUCGCCGUCUGUCUGUCUCUCUCGCUCUCGCCUUCUGUCUGUCUCUCGCUCUCGCCUUCUGUCUGUCUCUCGCUCUCGCCUUCUGUCUGUCUCUCGCUCUCGCCUUCUGUCUGUCUCUCUCGCUCUCGCCUUCUGUCUGUCUCUCUCGCUCUCGCCUUCUGUCUGUCUCUCUCGCUCUCGCCUUCUGUCUGUCUCUCUCGCUCUCGCCUUCUGUCUGUCUCUCUCGCUCUCGCCUUCUGUCUGUCGCUCUCUCGCCUUCUGUCUGUCGCUCUCGCCUUCUGUCUCUCUCUCUCGCCUUCUGUCUCUCUCUCUCGCCUUCUGUCUCUCUCGCCUUCUGUCUCUCUCUCUCGCCUUCUGUCUGUCUCUCUCUCGCCUUCUGUCUGUCGCUCUCACGCCUUCUGUCUCUCUCUCUCUCGCCUUCUGUCUCUCUCUCUCGCCUUCUGUCUCUCUCUCUCGCCUUCUGUCUCUCUCUCUCGCCUUCUGUCUCUCUCUCUCGCCUUCUGUCUCUCUCUCUCGCCUUCUGUCUCUCUCUCUCGCCUUCUGUCUCUCUCUCUCGCCUUCUGUCUCUCUCUCUCGCCUUCUGUCUCUCUCGCUCGCCUUCUGUCUCUCUCUCGCUCGCCUUCUGUCUCUCUCUCGCUCGCCUUCUGUCUCUCUCUCGCUCGCCUUCUGUCUCUCUCUCUCUCGCCUUCUGUCUCUCGCUCUCGCCUUCUGUCUGUCUCUCGCUCGCCUUCUGUCUCUCUCGCUCGCCUUCUCUCUGUCUCUCGCUCGCCUUCUCUCUGUCUCUCGCUCUCGCCUUCUCUGUCUCUCGCUCUCGCCUUCUGUCUGUCGCUCUCGCCUUCUGUCUGUCUCUCUCGCUCUCGCCUUCUGUCUGUCUCUCUCGCUCUCGCCUUCUGUCUGUCUCUCUCGCUCUCGCCUUCUGUCUGUCUCUCUCGCUCUCGCCUUCUGUCUGUCUCUCUCGCUCUCGCCUUCUGUCUGUCGCUCUCGCCUUCUGUCUCUCUCGCUCUCGCCUUCUCUGUCUCGCUCGCCUUCUGUCUGUCCCUCUCUCCUUUUCGGUCUCUCUCUUUUUUCAAAUCAUUUUUGGAUCCCUUUCUCUUCCUUAGUGAAACAGCCUAGAGAGUCACACUUUUCUCUAUCACUAACGGCCUUUUGCCCUUUUCUCCAUCUGUCUCUGUUUCUCUCUCUAACCACUAACGCCUGCCUGCCUGCACAUGUCAUGUCUGGACUGAGCAGGCCGUUGGCCAAGGAGGCGUGCAGUGUGUCUGUACGCAUGAAGCAGGUGGAGGAACUGUGAGUAGGACCAGUGUCCCCGUAGGGUGUCGUGUUUGUGAAGCCACCACGCAUCGCCACGGGCAACGCCAUUGCCAUUCCCGCCACUCCUUCAAUCAAUACCCAUGUCGAUGUCGUGGUCCUUGUGACUGUGGUUCCAGUGCGCACGCGCUUUCUCUCUUUCUCAUAUCCAUUACUCAUCUUCUAUUCAACAGAAGGAUAGAAGCUUCAUCUCUCCUUCAUCUCUCCUUUUCCCUCCCAUCUCCAAGCUUUCCUGUGGGUGUCAUGAGCUGUCACUUGCAUUCUGUUUCUCCAUGAGAACGUAUAGACGUGUUUGUCCCUCUGCGUCAUAGACAGCCAUGUUACAAACCUGGCUGAUUACGUCAUUCCAAUGGCAUCAUAUGAAAUUGUCAACAUAGUAAGGGGGAAAUCACCUAAUCCGCCACCAAUGUGUUGCAACCACCUGAGGGAUGCCAUGGCAGCCAUUUUGUGCUGCGCCAGAAAGCUCACCACACAUCAGUUAUCACAGUGGAGAGUUGUGCACUUUAGGGCUGACCCUGGAGGUCUACCGGUAUUUAACAUUUGCUCAAAAUGAUUACGGUAAUCCAAAUUGAAAUCUAAUAAUCUUGGCAACAACCCUAGUGCUCUCAGCUCUCCCUGUAAAUCAUCAUGUAUUGACACUUCAGCGUUGAUACAUUUGUCCACUACCCAGUCUCCCCUUAUUUUUUACACCAACACAGGGGAUUCUAAAAGCCUUUAUCCUGUAUUUUUAGGUACGGAACUCUCCAGGAGCUGGGCGAGAAGCGCAAGGACAUGCUGGAGAAGAGCUGCAAGAAGUUCAUGCUGUUCCGCGAGGCCAACGAACUGCAGCAGUGGAUCAACGAGAAGGAGGGAGCCCUCACCAACGAAGAAGUGGGCUCCGACCUGGAGCAGGUGGAGGUGCUGCAGAAGAAGUUUGACGACUUCCAGAAGGUACGCUGCACACAACAUGGCCGCCAAGAGUAGGAGAAGGGCACUAUCUGACUUACUGGACUAAAAAGCAUUUAAAAAUCCAGUUCAAGCAUAGGAGCAAUGUGUGCACUACACUUAUUCAGUUCUUCUAAUCUAUGCUGUCCAAUCUCAUCCAGUACAUUGGUGAAUACUGGUAUGAGUUUUGUGUUGACUGUCUGUCUUCUGUUUGUUUGGCUCCAAGGACCUGAAGGCCAAUGAGUCUCGUCUGAGGGACAUCAACAAGGUGGCGUCUGAGCUGGAGUCUGAGGGCCUGAUGGCAGAGGAGGCAACCAUGGUCCAAGCUCAGGUAGGAUGGUGUAGCCAACCACUGCAGAGAUAUUUAAUAUGUUUCAUAUUAGAGGUCAAAGAUAAAAGCAUAUGGAAUGGAUGUUAUUAUGAGAAUUUGUAAAAAUUAUUUUGUACAUUAUUUGCAACAAAUCAAAUGUAAUCACUUCAGCUUAAACAUUGAGUUUAUGGCAACAUUUAUCUCUCUCCUCCUCUCUUCUCUCCUCUUGUCCUCUCUUUUCCUCUCUCCUCUCUUCUCCUCUCUAGGAACAAGUGAUGCUGGGAUCUGCUCCUGGACAGGUAAGACGAUUCCACAGUUGCAAUACAUUAUACUGGUAAGGAAAGUUAAUGCAAUCGAAAUGUAUAGAUGUGCCAUCAACGUCAACCCAAAUUCCCCUCUUUGUUCUAACAGGAUGAGGCUGAUAACAAGAAUGCCUCACCAUGGAAGGUAAGACGCUCGUCCUCUGACAUGACCAAUCAACAUGGUUUCAUGUGCUUCCAAACAAAACAUUUUGUGUCCUGGCCAUGUUAUUUUAAUGUUGUUUUAGUCCAUAACAGACAACUGCUAAGAUUGGACAGCAUGUAGCAGCCUGUCAAUCUGGACUUGUCAUAUGAACCUGAGCAUGAUUGAACUGCAUUGUGUGGUUUUUGACACAGUGGGAGUCAAAACUAUUUGAAUGAACCUAAAUCAUGCCCACUAACUCAGCCUUGUUCAUAAGGGCUUACAUCAGUUCAUGUAAGACGUACUUGUUAACACAAACAAGAGACAAACGAAUGGAAGACCUGGCAGUGGCACUCACCAUUCUAUCUACUGUAUACUUAAACAAUAAAGCUCGAUGGGGUGUGGUUUUGAAGAAUAAUGUUUACCCUAAUGAGUAAACAGUUAGCAAGUAAACAGAGUAGCUACUUAACAGUGGAGUACAGCUACUCUACUUAAGCAAUAAGGCACGAGGGGGUGUGGUAUAUUGCCAAUAUACCACGGCUAAGUGAUGUUCUUAAGCAUGACGCAACGCAGAGUGCCUGGAUACAGCCCUUAGCCGUGAUAUAUUGGCCAUAUACCACAAACCCCCGAGGUGCCUUAUUGCUAUUAUAAACUGGUUACCAACGUAAUUAGAGCAGUACAAAUAAAAUGUUGUCAUACCAGUGUUAUAUGGUCUGAUAUACCACGGCUGUAAUACUAUCAAUGCUGACAGCCGUGGUAUAUCAGACAGUAUACCACGGGUAUGACAAAACAUUUAUUUUUACUGCUCUAAUUAUGUUGGUAACCAGUUUAUAAUAGCAAUAAGGCACCUCGGGGGUUUGUGGUAUAUGGCCAAUAUAUCACGGCUAAGGGCUGUAUCCAGGCACUCUGCGUUGCAUCAUGCUUAAGAACAUCACUUAGCCGUGGUAUAUUGGCCAUAUACCACAAACCCCCGAGGUGCCUUAGCUGUACUCCACUGUUAAGUAGCUACUCUGUUUACUUGCUAGCUGUUUACUCAUUAGGGUAAACAUUAUUCCUCAAAAUCAGUUCAUUUUCAAAUGUAAAGCAGCCCGAAAAGACAAAUGCAGACACAUAUCUUGACACAUCCAUAUAAAUAGAAUUAGAACACAGUAUUAUGUCUCUCUAUGGACACCCUACACAUACAUGUCCAUAUUACCUAGUGCACUGUAUCUGUAGCAGUCCAUUUUGGGGUUCAUUUCAGGUUCAGUGCCUACUUUAGGUUCUGCUGCUCUUCUAUUGCCAUGGUGAUGGUGCCGGUUGUCUCUUGGGAAACAGUGUAAAGACGUGGGCAGCCUUUACCUCCCUGCUGGGCUAACAUGGUGCCUCUCUUGACUGGUGUGGUGUUUUCUGUUUUUGUCCAAAUCCCCUUUCCCUCCUCCCCCCCUUUUCCUCUCCUCCCCCCCUUUUCCUCUCCUCCCUCCUUUCUGAUCUGUUUAUUUCACCGUUGAUUGUAGAAUGUACGCUUGGCUGUUCAAACGACGGCUAACUUUAAUACUAUCAAGGUAAGAUUUUUCAAGACCACUCCCUCGGUCCCGCCCCUGAUCCCGCCCCCUCCUCCUCCCUUGCAUUAUGUCCUCCUGGCUUGUCUCAUACCUGCAUCGUGUUUGUUCGGGAGACUAACCCUUCCAUCAACAGUCUCAUUGUUGUCUUGCCGUCUGUUCGUGGUCGUCCUGUGGUUCCAUUGUCUUGCACAUUGGACUGGACUGGUCUGGUCUUACAUCGUUUUUUGUUCUAAUCAUGUGACCGAUGUCAUUGAAUGGCCUUGUCCCUCGUUCCGUUUUUCAUUUGUUUCAUCCCCCUCUUCUUUAACCAUUGUUAUUGUUUUCAAAAGGAAGGAUGGCUGGUGGCUGGUACAAAAAGGCAUUGAAAUAUGCCUCAACACCAUCUUUGUAACCCUAGCGUUUUGUUGUCGUUUGUUUCUCCAUCCUGUGUGUUCUCAUCACCAUGCAUCCCUCUCCCUGUCUGACUUCCCUUCUUCCUUGUCACCAACCCCUCAUCUGUGUUCAACAGCCUCCUUUUACGUCAGUCUGUCUGUCAAACACACGGAGCACAAACUGAAUCUUUGAGCAUUGAUUCACGAUUGAUAUUCACCACUGAUAUCAGUUUAAGUCAAGAUUACCAGGAUUGGGCUCCAUUUCAUUGAGCUCCAUUGUAACCGUCAAUUCAAACAAGAGUUCAAAUUCAACUAAUAAAUGAAAUAUAUAUAUUUUUCAUUUAUUGAAUUGAAAUGGAAUUUAUCCUAUCCUGGAAGGAUAUACAACCAAUAGUCUAAAUAUCAUAAAAUCCUGAAAAUAAGUGACUUAUCAAUACAUUAAAACAUUCACUCAAUUUGAAUCGGCUAAAUUGGAGCGCUGGGUUCCAGAAACCUGGGUAGAGGCCUCAUGGGAGUGAUUGACUCCUGGCGAAACUCUGUCUAGCUCUGUGAUUGGGUGAUAAGUGUCCGGGGGUGUGUUUUGUAGGAGCUGAACAACCGCUGGAGAUCCCUGCAGCAGCUGGCAGAGGAGAGGAGCAACAUGCUGGGUAGUGCCCACGAAGUGCAGAGGUUCCACAGGUAUAUAUAUACACAACACACACACAUACAGUUGAGAGCAAGAAACAGUGAGUGGAUGUGAAUAUUACAACGCACAUGAAACAAAAUGGCUGGUGUGGAGUCAUAAUCAAAAUGGCUGCUUUUUGUUGUCCUCAGGGAUGCGGAUGAGACCAAGGAGUGGAUCGAGGAGAAGAACCAGGCCCUGAACACAGACAACUACGGCCAUGACCUGGCCAGCGUUCAGGCCCUGCAGCGCAAACACGAGGGCUUUGAGAGAGACCUGGCCGCCCUGGGAGAUAAGGUGAGAGGGAACACAGUCGGUCUCUCAAACACACACAGUCACACACUUUCAUUGCUCUGCUGUUUAGAGACAAUACUUACCCUCAGCUGAUCUUUGCCUUCCUCUCCCCUGUUCCAGGUGAACUCCCUGGGGGAGACAGCGGAGCGUCUGAUCCAGUCCCACCCGGAGGCGGUGGACGACAUCCAGGAGAAGUGCACAGAGCUCAAUACGGCCUGGAGCAGCCUGGUGGGGCGCGCCGACCAGCGCAAGGACAAGCUAGGCAACUCCCAUGACCUGCAGCGCUUCCUCUCCGACUUCAGGGACCUCAUGUCCUGGAUCAACGGCAUCCGAGGCCUGGUGUCCUCUGAGGAGCUGGCCAAGGACGUGACCGGGGCUGAGGCCCUGCUAGAGAGACACCAGGUACUGGUUCUACACACACACAUACACACACUGCACUGGUACCGCCAUCCAAAACUUGUUAUCACCUUCUUACCAUCCCCGUCUCUCGCUCUUCCUUCUCUCCAGGAGCACCGUACUGAGAUCGACGCCCGUGCGGGCACCUUCCAGGCCUUUGAGCAGUUUGGUCAGCAGCUGUUGGGGCGCGGCCACUAUGCCAGCCCUGAGAUCCAGCAGAAGCUGGAGGCCUUGGACCGCGAGAGGGCAGACCUGGAGAAGGCCUGGGUGCAGAGACGCAUGAUGCUGGACCAGUGCCUGGAGCUCCAGGUAGAACAUUUUUUUUACAUUUUAGUCAUUUAGCAGACGCUCUUAUCCAGAGCGACUUACAGUUAGUGCAUACAUUAUUUUUAUCGAACCCACAACCCUGGCGUUGCAAACGCCAUGCUCUACCAACUGAGCUACAUCCCCUGCCGGCCAAAUCCCUCCCCUACCCUGGACGACGCUGGGCCAAUUGUGCGCGCCGCCCCAUGGGUCUCCCGGUCGCGGCCGGCUACGACAGAGCCUGGAUUCGAACCAGGAUCUCUAGUGGCACAGCUAGCACUGCGAUGCAGCGCCUUAGACCACUGCGCCACUCGGGAGUGUAGAAACACACUCUUCAUGCACUCUUAGAAACCCCCUCUUGCUGAUCUUUGCUCCUGGGACAUGGAAGAGUGCCAGAUGAAUCCUUCCAAAACCAAACAUCUUGUCUCAGCGGCUUUUGGCUGUUUCGACUCAAGGACAUGUUUUUGUGUCUACAUAAGUUUGUUCCGUUGCACCAGACCUGACAGUGCACCUUUUGAACAAGGCCUAAUCUAGUUUGUGUGCUUGCCAACCCACAGAAAGAAACUGGUUUUUUAACGCCACUCAACAGGUCAAGACAACAAUUACUAGCCUCUAUACAACAUCCACUGCCAGUGAAUAACCUCUCUCUCUUUUUCCUUCUCUCUCGCUCUCCUCCCUCAGCUGUUCAACCGUGACUGUGAACAGGCAGAGAACUGGAUGGCGGCUCGAGAGGCCUUCCUGGCCAGCGACGACAAGGGUGACUCCCUGGACAGCGUGGAGGCUCUCAUCAAGAAACACGAGGACUUUGACAAGGCCAUCAACGUGCAGGAGGAGAAGAUCGCUGCUCUACAGUCUUUUGCUGACCAGCUGGUUGGCGCUGACCAUUAUGCCAAACCUGAGAUAUUCAACCGUCGCAAUGAAGUCCUGGACAGGUCAGUCUUUCUCUUUAGAUGACCAUGUGUGUGACUUUGUGGGCAUCUUUGUGUGUAACUGUCUGCCUGUUCGUUGUUGCUCCGGUUGUAACAGUGUUUGUCCUCCCGGCCUGUAGGUGGCGCCAUCUGAAGGCUCAGAUGAUUGAGAAGCGCUCCAAGCUGGGCGAGUCCCAGACUCUGCAGCAGUUCAGCCGCGACGUGGACGAGAUCGAGGCUUGGAUCAGCGAGAAGCUGCAGACGGCCACAGACGAGUCCUAUAAGGACCCCACCAACAUCCAGGUACAGGAUUGGCUAACAGCAACUCAGGGCUCCACCCAUAGAGGUUUGAGCACGCUGCCCCAUAGAGAUGGAUAGAGGGCACACUUUCCACAAAAGGCAAUGAUAGCAUGGGCAGCGCCAUGGAGGACUUUUACCAUAGGAAGUACGCCCUCUAACCAUCUCUAUGGGCUGCUCCUAUCCACAGAUUUAGGGUCAGUUUACCCUACUACCCCAUACCCAUUAGUAGGAUGACAAAUAUCUGACCCUCUGGCAGUGGUUAGGGUUAACUUUUUACCUAGCCUGUCGAGGCUUUCUUAUCAGAUGAAACACUUUGACCUGUUCAAUAGAUCACGAUCAAAUAAUGACUUAAUUAAUUAUAUUUUUGUUUCAAUAGAUGGGUAACCCAUUUUGUGUGAGGGUUUGUUAAUAUAAAUUGAAUGACAUCUAACUUGUCAGUGGUUUUAAUACUGCAGUUUAAUACUGUGUAAAUGUCUUGUUGCUCCUUGUUAACAAUGACUACUACUACUCCUGUAACUACUGAACCAACCCAAUGUGUUAUGUCUAUAUGGGACUGAAUCUCUCCUCUGUUUUUAUUGUCUUAUUUAUAGCUGUCCAAGCUGCUGGUAAGUUGAGUAGUGUGUCAGCUAAACUAACAUCCAAAGUAGGUUUUCUGUCAUGUGUCCCCGUCUGUUGCCUUGUCUGAUGUAGAACGCCAUCCCGUCCGUCUAUUUUCCGUGUUCCUCCACACUCGCGAGUGCCCGCUUCUUUUUUGUAUGGGUUUCAUUCAUGUGUUCAUUUUUUUUUCUUCUUCAGCUUCUGCCAUCAAUGCACAUGUUUGUAAUAUGGCUGUAGUUCUGUUAUCAUUUUAGCAAAUGUCACUUCUUGUAGUUGCUGGUUGUGGCUUCCAUAUUUUGGGUUUUCUUUGUUUUUAUUUGCUUGUUUGAGGUCAGGUCAUCUUCAAACACGCUCCACAUAUUGUUGCUUUUGUUGAAAUAGUCCUAUAAAUCUUGAGAAAUAUCUAAACAUGUUCUGAUCUUAAUAUAACAGAACCUUGAUAUAUAAUUUUAUGAAACGUUUAGUGUAAAAGAAAGCGGCUUCCAUCUAUCAAAACUGCAAUGUAAAUUUGAAUUGAGCACAUCUGUAGUGUAUCAAACACAUUGACCUGAGAGGGAGAGGAGACCUCCAGCUUAGAAUGGUUGUGCCUUGCCUAAUUGUAGCUAACGUAGAGACUAUCAUAGAGAUAUGUAAGCUAGCAGCAACCAUGGUUGUGAACAAAAAACACGCUUUAGCCACAAAAUAAGUAUUGCCAAAGAUCUGUCAAACAUCAAGGAUAGCUCAGACGCCUCGCUUAAGUGUUUUUUUUGUCUGCACUCUCUCUCUCUGGAUGUGUAAAAACAUUGUGGAAUGAGUUUUGAAAAGACCCUGACCUCCUAGGUACUCUUGAAAAGUAAAUUGUGUCGCGGCCCCAUUGUGGGUCUGUUCCACCUACAUUUAGUGUUUGUCACCUUGGUGUGUCUCGUCUUGUUAGUAGUCAAUCCCACACAUUGUCUGUCCUCGUUUGGUGGUGUCUGAAUUUCACCUUUGUGACAUCAUCUUUUUUUUAUGACGGCACCUCUUGUGUGGAUUUUGUCCUACAGUCAUCUCCUGGAUGUAGUCUUAGUGUAUAUGUGUGUAUAUAUCCAUCCCCCCUUACCCCACCCCAAAGAAAGAAAAAAAAAAACAUAUUGUAAAGUGGUUGUCCCACUGGCUAUAAGGUGAAUGCACCAAUUUGUAAGUCACUCUGGAUAAUGACGUAAAUGUAUGUCUGCUAAAUGACGUAAAUGUAAAAUUUAAACAAUAUCCCCAAGUUAGGAGCCAUUUACUCUCCAAACACAAACAUGCAUGAAAAAUGACUCGCACUUAUAAAAGUGCCAUUCUAAUAUAUAUACAUGUACUCGGCCUCCAUAUUUUCAAACACAACAACACAUUGUUUCUAAGUAGCCUACCGGAUUGUGUUUUCACACAAUCUAAGGGAGAUGUCACCCAUCCACCACCAACCCACUGCGUCCCAUAGUUCACUCCCGAUCUCCCCCCCUUCCCCUGCCUGCGCUCACAGAGUAAGCACCAGAAGCACCAGGCCUUCGAGGCGGAGCUGCACGCCAACGCAGACCGUAUCCGUGGGGUCAUCGACACUGGCAACGCCCUCAUCCAUAGAGGGGCCUGCUCCGGCAGUGAGGACGCAGUUCAGGUACACACACUCUGUCUUUAAACAUCAUACUUGUUACUAUACAUACACAUCAUACUUGUUACUAUACAGUCGUGGUCAAAAGUUUUGAGAAUGACACAAAUAUUAAUUUUCAAAGUCUGCUGCCUCAGUUUUUAUGAUGUGAAUUUGCAUAUACUCCACAAUGUUAUGAAGAGUGAUCAGAUGAAUUGCAAUUCAUUGCAAAGUCCCUCUUUGCCAUGAAAAUGAACUUAAUCCCAGAAAAACAUUUCCACUGCAUUUCAACCCUGCCACAAAAGGACCAGCUGACAUCAUGUCAGUGAUUGUCUUGUUAACACAGGUGAGUGUUGACGAGGACAAGGCUGGAGAUCACUCUGUCAUGCUGAUUGAGUUAGAAUAACAGACUAGAAGCUUUAAAAGGAGGGUGGUGCUUGAAAUCAUUGUUCUUCCUCUGUUAACCAUGGUUACAUGCAAGGAAACACGUGCCGUCAUCAUUGCUUUGCACAAAAAGGGCUUCACAGGCAAGGAUAUUGCUGCUAGUAAGUUUGCACCUAAAUCAACCAUUUAUCGGAUCAUCAAGAACGAGAGAGGUUCAAUUGUUGUGAAGAAGGCUUCAGGGCGCCCAAGAAAGUCCAGCAAGCGCCAGGUCCGUCUCCUAAAGUUGAUUCAGCUGCGGGAUCGGGGCACCACCAGUGCAGAGCUUGCUCAGGAAUGGCAGCAGGCAGGUGUGAGUACAUCUGCACGCAUAGUGAGGCGAAGACUUUUGGAGGAUGGCCUGGUGUCAAGAAGGGCAGCGAGGAAGCCACUUCUCUCCAGGAAAAACAUCAGGGACAGACUGAUAUUCUGCAAAACGUACAGGGAUUGGACUGCUGAGGACUGGGGUAAAGUCAUUUUCUCUGAUGAAUCCCCUUUCCGAUUGUUUGGGGCAUCCGGAAAAAAGCUUGUCCGGAGAAGACAAGGUCAGCGCUACCAUCAGUCCUGUGUCAUGCCAACAGUAAAGCAUCCUGAGACCAUUCAUGUGUGGGGUUGCUUCUCAGCCAAGGGAGUGGGCUCACUCACAAUUUUGCCUAAGAACACAGCCAUGAUUAAAGAAUGGUACCAACACAUCCUCUGAGAGCAACUUCUCCCAACCAUCCAAGAACAUUUUCGUGACGAACAAUGCCUUUUCCAGCAUGAUGGAGCACCUUGCCAUAAGGCAAAAGUGAUAACUAAGUGGCUCGGGGAACAAAACAUAGACAUUUUGGGCCCAUGGCCAGGAAACUCCCCAGACCUUAAUCCCAUUGAGAAUUUGUGGUCAAUCCUCAAGAGGCUGGUGGACAAACAAAACCCCACAAAUUCUGACAAACUCCAAGCAUUGAUUAUGCAAGAAUGGGCUGCCAUCAGUCAGGAUGUGGCCCAGAAGUUAAUUGACAGCAUCCCAGGGGUUUGCAAGUCUUGAAAAAAAAAGGGGUUUCACGCUGCAAAUUUUGACUUUUGCAAAAUUAAUGUAAUUGUCAAUAAAAGCCUUUGACAUUAGAAUGCUUGUAUUAUAUUCAGUAUACCAUAGUAACAUUGAAAAAUAUCUAAAAACACUGAACAGCAAACUUGUUAAGACAAUACUUGGUCAUUCUCAAAACUUUUGACCACGACUGUACAUACACAUCAUACUUGUUACUAUACAUACACAUCAUACUUGUUACUAUACAUACACAUCAUACUUGUUACUAUACAUACACAUUAUACUUGUUACUAUACAUACACAUUAUACUUGUUACUAUACAUACACAUUAUACUUGUUACUAUACAUACACAUCAUACUUGUUACUAUACAUACACAUCAUACUUGUUACUAUACAUACACAUCAUACUGUUACUAUACUACAUCAUACUUGUUACAAUACAUACACAUCAUACUUGUUACUAACAGGCACAUUAUACUUGUUACUAUACAUACACUUUAUACUUUUUUACUUACAUAAAUAUAUUUGUUAUAUACAUACACUCAUAUUUUACUAUACAAAAUCAUAUUGUUACUUACAUACACAUCAUACUUGUUAUAUACAUACACUCAACUUUUACUAUCAUGCACAUCUUACUUGUUACUUACAUAAAAUUAUACUUGUUACUAUCUCACAUUAUUACUUGUUAAACAUCCAUCAACUUUAUUAUAACAUACCACAUUAUACUUGUUACUAUACAAAACCAUUAUAACUUGUUACUAUGCAUACACAUUAUACUUGUUACUAUACAUACACAUCAUACUGUUACAUACAACACAUUAUCUUGUUACUAUACAUACACAUUUACUUGUUACUAUACUACACUUUAACUUGUUACAUACUACACAUUAUACUUGUUACUAUACAACACAUUAUACUUGUUACUAACAUACACUUUAAAUUGUUACUAUACAUACACAUUAUACUUGUUACUUACAUACACAUUAUACUUGUUACUAUACAAAUCAUACUUGUUACUAUACAUACAAUCAUACUUGUUACUAUACAUAAAAUUAUACUUGUUACUAUGCAUACACAUUAUACUUGUUACUAUACAUACACAUUAUACUUGUUACUAUACAUACACAUUAUACUUGUUACUAUACAUACACAUUAUACUUGUUACUAUACAUACACAUUAUACUUUUUCUAUACAUUACAACAUCAUAUUGGUUACAAAUACAUACACAUUUAUAUUAAAAAAAACUUUUUUUACAUACACCUACAAAGCCACUUCAAGGAUGAAAGCCUUUGAGAAAAAUAUGGUGAUCACAUUGCAGACAAAAUGUUAACUGUUCUUAUGGCAGUCAAGCUACGUGAACCGAUUCUUGCCUUAUUCAACAUCUACUGUUCCAAAGCUGGGUAUCUAACCUGUGUGUGUGUGUGUUUUACCAGUCGCGUCUGGGUGCCCUGGACGAGCAGUGGCAGUUUCUGGUGAACAAGUCGGCAGAGAAGAGCCAGAAGCUGAAAGAAGCCAACAAGCAGCAGAACUUCAACACUGGCAUCAAGGACUUUGACUUCUGGCUCUCUGAGGUAAAAUAAUGAAAAACAAUUAACAUAUUUUCUAGAUGUCAAAAUGAGACUACUUUCAUGUAUGUUCAGAUCUCCAUCCACCACAUUUCUCCACCAUCCACUACACAAUUCUCAAAGCUAAAGAUGCUGAGAAAUGGUGUAUUCUGUACUGAAAACCUUGAUGUUCAAUAGGAUUUAUCUGAGACCUGCACAGAUUGUCAGUAAGAUACUAGAAAAGGAGAGAUUUGAAGUACUGGACAGACACCCAAAAAGGCAUCUGGAUCUGAGAUUGUCUCAGACCAUUUAGUUUUCUGAUUUGUCUUGUGUUAACCCAUUAACCUACCUGUGCUGUAGGAAAACAAAAACAAAAAGAUAAGAGGCUGAGAUUCGAUUUGGAAAUGAUGCUCUCUGAAAACAAAGACAAUGACUAACUACCAGUCACUAAAUCAUUUUUGGUUUCCUCUCUUGUUUUCUGUCUGUAGGUCGAGGCCCUUCUUGCCUCUGAGGAUUAUGGCAAAGACCUGGCCUCCGUCAACAACCUACUGAAGAAACACCAGCUUCUGGAAGCCGACAUCUCUGCUCAUGAGGUAAUGUAUUCGACGUCCCCAUAUCUCCCUGUCAAACUGGGAUUGAUGCUGGGCUCAGCUGGGGGCCUUGAUGUACUAAAUGUUCAGUCAGAUCAUACACCUUUAUAUGCUGACUGGCUGAAAGGUGACACUGCCUCGGUUUGAUUGGCCAUCGAAACCUUUCAGUCCAAGUGUCCUCUGUUGAACUUGGACAACUUCCAUGUCUAUGAAGCAUGUUUUUGUACAAAGGCAUCCACUGAGUUCAGUCUAGUGCUUUGGUUUGAACGUCUGUCCGUCUUUUCCGUCCAUCCACAGGAUCGUCUGAAGGACCUGAACGGCCAGGCUGACAGCCUGACGGCCAGCACGGCCUUCGACCCCACCCAGGUCAAGGACAAACGCGACGCCGUCAAUGGACGCUUCGCCAAGAUCAAGAGCAUGGCCGCCGGCCGCCGCGCAAAGCUCAACGAGUCACACCGCCUGCACCAGUUCUUCAGGGACCUGGACGACGAGGAGUCUUGGAUCAAGUAAGAGCGCCUCCUGGAGUUGUGGAGGAAUGGAUGCAAGUCAAUAUCUGUGGGUUUUUCAAUGUUGAGGUCAAUUACUAAUACUAUCUUUUUUCAUCUCUUUCACUCUCACUGUCUCUUAUCUCUAUCCAGAGAAAAGAAAUUGCUAGUGAGUUCGGAGGACUAUGGACGUGAUUUGACAGGAGUGCAGAAUCUGAGGAAGAAACACAAGAGGCUGGAAGCUGAGUUGGGGGCCCAUGAGCCGGCCAUCCAGUCUGUGCAGGACACAGGGAAGAAGCUGUCCGAUGACAACACCAUCGGCCAGGAAGAGAUCGAGCAGAGGCUGGGCCAGUUUGAGGAGCAUUGGACGGAGCUGAAGGACCUGGCUGCAGCCAGGUUAUACUGAGAACGCGCACACACGCAGACACACGUAUACAUUCUGACACACACACACAUUCACAGGCCUGUUUUGCAGUGAAACGCCAUUAUCAAUUUAAACAUUCAUGGAUGUUGAGUGUUAAUCUGUGUGUGCCUAUGUGUGUGUGAUCAGGGGACAGAGGCUGGAGGAAUCGCUGGAGUACCAGCAGUUUGUUGCAAAUGUUGAAGAGGAGGAAGCCUGGAUUAAUGAGAAGCUGAACCUAGUGGGAAGCGAAGACUACGGGGAUACCCUGGCCGCUGUGCAGGGCCUGUUAAAGAAGCAUGAGGCGUUUGAGACUGACUUCUCCGUGCACAGGGACAGAGUGAAUGACGUGUGUUCCAACGGAGACGAGCUCAUCAAGAAGGUAAACACUGACAAUACCAUUGUCAUACGGUACCAGCUGAAAGUGUUUAAGCAAUAGUUCACACACACAAAAUAGCAACUUUUACAAUGAUUUUCCACUUACCUUGGCUGUUGUUAAUUCACCCAGACUGCUAAAUGCAUAUUUUGCUUGUGUCCGUCCCUCCAUUAGAACAACCACCACGUGGACAGCAUCUCAGCCAAGAUGGUGUCCCUGCGGGGCAAGGUGUCUGAGCUGGAGCGGGCCGCUGCCAUGAGGAAAGCCAAGCUGGAUGAGAACUCUGCCUUCCUGCAGUUCAACUGGAAGGCUGACGUGGUAGAGUCCUGGAUCGGUAAGGUUUGGGACCUGAGAGGGGGAAGGUUUAGGGCAUGAGGCUUCAGCAUUCUUUGGUGUUGCAAUAUGAUUUUUGCAUGUGUUCCCAGAAAGAUGAAAGCAUGUUCUUGUUUUUUGGCGUAGCACUGAAUCUAUACUGUCUGGUUGUUUGUUCAGGUGAGAAGGAGAACAGCCUGAAGACUGAUGACUACGGACGAGAUCUCUCCUCUGUGCAGACGUUACUCACUAAGCAGGUACGGUGUAGCAAUAUGAUGCCACGGCAGCCGUUUUGUGCCAGAAAGCUAGACUCGUUCUCCCAUGCCUCAUCAUGUUCUCCCUUCCCCCCUCGGGUCCACAGGAGACGUUUGACGCGGGGCUGCAGGCCUUCCAGCAGGAGGGCAUCACCAACAUCACGGCCCUCAAGGACCAGCUGCUGGCGGCCAAGCACGUCCAGUCCAAGGCCAUUGAGGCGCGCCAUGCCGCCCUCAUGAAACGCUGGAACCAGCUUCUCGACAACUCGCAGGCCCGCAAGAAGAAACUGCUGGAGGCCCAGGAGCACUUCAGGAAGGUAUGUAACGACUAUGAUGACAGGUAAUUAUCAUUUAGCUUACGAUGAGGAUAUCAUGACUACAAUUCAUAGAUGUCAUUGUUGUUAAUGUUCAUAUUUUGAACAGGAAUAUCAGACUAUCCUUCACCUGCAAAGUAAAAAACCUUAGUGGAUGUGAACCCCUUACCUCCAUCAACUCCAUCUUGCUUCUCUCUCCAGGUGGAAGACCUGUUCCUGACCUUUGCCAAGAAGGCGUCGGCCUUCAACAGCUGGUUUGAGAACGCUGAGGAGGACUUGACAGAUCCGGUGCGCUGCAACUCGCUGGAGGAGAUCCGGGCGCUGCGCGACGCCCACGAGGCCUUCCGCUCAUCGCUGAGCUCGGCGCAGGCCGACUUCAACCAGCUGGCCGAGCUGGACCGGCAGAUCAAGAGCUACCAGGUUGUGUCCAACCCCUACACCUGGUUCACCAUGGAGGCCCUGGAGGAGACCUGGAGGAACCUGCAGAAGAUCAUCAAGGUUAGGAGGGGGAAUAGGGGUGGGAGGUAGCCUGGUCCCAGAUCUGUUUUGUGUUGUAUCACCAACCAGUUGGCAUGACAACGACCAUAUGAGUUGGCUAUACAGCACAAACGUAUCUGAGGACCAGGCUUGGUGAGGAGGACAUGCACAUCUCAAAUGUUGUCCUAUUCCCCACUUCAAUGCUCUACUUAUGUCCAGAACCAAUGAGGACCUCUGGGUGGGGGUGUAUUGAUCUGCAUCAUGUCUGGGAAGCACUUCAUCCAUCCAUCUUCAUCCCUCUGUCUGUAUAGGAACGAGAGCUGGAGCUGCAGAAGGAGCAGAGGAGGCAGGAGGAGAACGACAAGCUGCGGCAGGAGUUUGCGCAGCAUGCCAAUGCAUUCCACCAGUGGCUGCAGGAGACCAGGUAGGGUCUGGAUCUGUUGUGCCCGGAAGACAGUGAGCUCACAGCACUCCCUUAAUCAACAUGCCUUUUGGCAAUUUAAUAGAUUUUGGCAAUUUAAUAGAUGGGAAACUAGGACUAUUUCUAGGAAUAGAAUGGGGACGUUUCCAAGCCGUUGUGGCUGUUUUAAAGAAUGUAGUUUGAGUUAAUUGAAUAACGUGACCUGCAUGAAUAGCAUUGAUCUGUCUUUAAAUGUUGCAUGCAUCGUUCUUUAGAUUCUCUUAAUACAAUGAGAAAUCAAUGGAGCUACUUUAAAUGUGCCUGCUGCUCAGAAAUCUACAUCCGGUCUCUCUCUGCCACAAUGUUCUCAGCCAUAGAGAACAGGGAGUUGCUAUUCAUCGGAGCGGAAUGUGAAAUAUUGCAGAUAGAUGUUUGUUGUAUGAAAACUGACAUGAUUCUUUACUUUAGUUUGUCUCUAUUCUACAACCUUGCAUUUACAUCUGCCAUGCUUUGAAUGUUGCUCCUCACUGAAUAGGCCCCAGGCAACGCAUGCUUAGUGUGUAUCGUAUGUUAUGUAUAUUUUGGGAGGUGGGUGGGGGAGCACUGAUACAACUUUUACAUAACCACACAAGUGGUCUGUGAAUGUUUAAAAAUGAAAACGGAUCAUACUGCAGAUGCUCCUGUGCUCACACUGUAUUUCUGUGCCUGUGUCUGUAUAUGUUUGUUUAGGGGGGGGGGGGGGGGGGGGGGGGGAUGGUGUGACCAUUUUGUCCCUGCCUAGUGUUUCUAACUGUUGUCUCUCUCUCUCCCCCCCCCCUCCCUUUCCUCUCCCUCUCCCCCCCCCCCUUUCCUCUCCCUCCCUCUCUUGCUGCUACCUCGCUGAUGCUUGGGAUAACUUUGCUAAUCAGGACAUAUCUUCUGGAUGGGUUAAUAUCACAUUUUACUAUCUCUCAGUUGGGGCCGGGACGAUACCAGUAUCGCGAUACUCAUUAGUAUCAUGGCAAGGAAACAAAACACGAAGCGGAUUUAACUUCUUUAGGAAAACAUCCCUAAUGUUGGAAACACACAUCAUUAUGUUUGUUAUCCAGGAUCACAUUUAUUUAUUUUCCAAGCUAUAGCACACAAUAUUUUACAUACAGUAUGUUAUGGGACCAAAGACUUGGGUCUGCUUCGUCUUUUCGUUUUUGCCAUUGAAAUUUAGCGAUACGGCUCUACUGUGUUUGUUUGUGUCCGACUGUGUGAAUGGGGUCAAAUCAAUGAGGGUUGAUUGGAGUGACAGUGUUUUGGACCAAACAGGCUUGUUGAUGAGCCACUACAGGUUUGUUGUCAGGUCGGUGGCAAGAUAUUGCAUCAUAUAUGUUGGUUAACAUAGAAGCACCAGGUAGGUAGGUAUCUGUCAAGUGAAGGUAAAACUGGACCAGGUUUCACUAGGAAUCCAUGUUGUAUUGUGUAUUAUUACUGUAAUUCCCUCUGAGUUUCUGUAUGCCCCCCCCCUUUUCAACUUUAGCCUAUUUUCUUUCAUUUUUGAAUAUCUCUGUUGUAUAAUUUCCCUCUUUUCCUGUUGGUAUUUACCUUCUUUUCAUCCCUUUCCUCCCUCCUGUUCUAAAUAGCAUAGCUUAUCGACGGGUUGUCUGUGUCAUUCAAUAUGAAGUCGGUGAUGAUCUUUCCGGAAGGUCUUUUACUUUUCCACAUGGUUUUCCAUUCUCACUCGCCUUUCCUUCUCCCUACAUUACUUCUAUCACGCCCUCUGGGUUGCGUGUCUUCAUGCACUUCUAAAAUCCACCAUUUGAGAUCUGUUUGCACAGUUACAUCUCUACUAACGUCACCACAAUGUAGCUUCCUGAAACUAAGAUCAACUUCAUGAUUGGUCUGGAUACUCUUUUGCGAGUCUGGCUACAUUGAGCACCGUUUUAAAGGAGUGAAGAGUCUUCAUCUUCUGGGGAUUUUUUUCCCCACCAAAUUUAGGGGUGGACACUGCAAAAUGUGUUGUUGGACACACAUUUUUUUUGCUGAAUUUGUUACACUAAUUCAUAACUGAUUCAGGGUUGAAAUGCAGUUUCCUGCCGUGUACACAGUAGCCCUAACCUUGCAUGGUAUAGGUUACCAUGGCUAUGAGUUGGCUUCUUUGGCAUGAAUUGACUGGCAUUGUGCAAAGGGAAGGUUUUUUGGGUGGGGGUGGCUCUGGACAUUUUGAGAGUGAGGGAAACUUUUUUUUUUACUACUGUUUUGUACUUCUAUUUCCCUGCCUUUUUAAUUCACCAAAUGUUCUCCAGUCUUAUGUUCUCAGACAUUUUUUGAAAAAUAUUGAGGUUUCAGAAAAAUCUUUACUUUGCUUCUUUUGUAAGUUUCAAGAUUUGUUUGGAAUCUCUUGACACACCUCUAGUAUAUUCAAAUAUAUUAAAUGGAUCUUAUUAUCAAAAUGAGAAUGAAUUUCAGAGUAGGAAUGGGGUUGUAUCUAAGGGUUCCUACGACCAGAUGGGUGUGGGGUGCAGACUCUGUGGGGACUGUGUACGCGUGUGACUGUAUCACCUGAUCUUGAUGGCUGUGGCAUGUUGUUUAUCCCAAUAUUUGAUCAUCCUGUCAAGGCCCUCUCCCCUGACACUUGUGUGUAUGCAUCUAGGUCCUGCAUGGUAGAAGAGUCCGGAACCUUGGAAUCACAACUUGAGGCAACCAAGGUAAGAAAGAACCCCCUCGUCAUUUAUGCUAUAGGACUAGAGGGUUUCACAACCCUCUCCUCGGCCCCCCCAGACGUUUUGCAUUUUUGUUUUAACCCUAAACUGGCACACCUGAUUCAAUUAGUCAAAGGCUUAGUGAUUAGUCGACUAAUUGAAUCAGGUGUGCCAGUUUAGGGUUAAAAUAAACAUUUAAAAUGUUUGGGGGGCUUGAGGAGAGGGUUGGGAAACCCUGCUUUAGACAACCAUUUUGGCUAUUUCAAAUCCAAAUGUAAUUGUCACAUGCGCCGAAUACAACAGGUGUAGACUUUACCGUGGAAUGCUUUCUUACGAGCCCUUCCCAACAAAUUCAGAAUGUAAAACAUUAUACAAAAUUAAAAUAGUAACACAAGAAUGAAGCUAGAUACAGGGAGUACCAAUUAUAUUUAAACUGUAUUGACUAGGUUUGUAAUUGCAGAGCCUCACCCUUCUGUGUGCCACUCUGUCUGUAGCGUAAGCACCAGGAGAUCCGGGCCAUGCGCAGCCAACUGAAGAAGAUCGAGGACCUGGGCGCGGCCAUGGAGGAGGCUCUGAUCCUGGACAACAAGUACACAGAACACAGCACGGUGGGCCUGGCCCAGCAGUGGGACCAGCUAGACCAACUGGGCAUGAGGAUGCAGCACAACCUGGAGCAGCAGAUCCAGGCCAGGUCAGAGAGGGAGAGACACACACACAUACAGUACCUCACAAGCAGUGAACAUAUUUCCUAAUCUUGUAUCUCUCUCCCACCAUAGGAACACCACUGGAGUGACAGAGGAUGCCCUGAAGGAGUUCAGCAUGAUGUUCAAGUGAGUGGCGGCCAUUUUAACAUGAUGUUCAAGUGAGUGGCGGCCAUUUUAACAUGAUAUUCAAGUGAGUGGCGGCCAUUUUAACAUGAUGUUCAAGUGAGUGGCGGCCAUUUUAACAUGAUGUUCAAGUGAGUGGCGGCCAUUUUAACAUGAUGUUCAAGUGAGUGGCGGCCAUUUUAACAUGAUGUUCAAGUGAGUGGCGGCCAUUUUAACAUGAUGUUCAAGUGAGUGGCGGCCAUUUUAACAUGAUGUUCAAGUGAGUGGUGGCCAUUUUAACAUGAUGUUCAAGUGAGUGGUGGCCAUUUUAACAUGAUGUUCAAGUGAGUGGCGGCCAUCUUAACAUGAUGUUCAAGUGAGUGGCGGCCAUCUUAACAUGAUGUUCAAGUGAGUGGUGGACGUUUUCACCAUACCUUCUGGUCAUACCAAGUAGUUGCUUAAAGUAAAGGAACUCCCAAUAAUCUCAACCAUUUUCUUUUCCCUUUGCUCCCAGGCACUUUGACAAAGAGAAGUCUGGCCGUCUGAACCACCAGGAGUUCAAGUCGUGUCUGCGCUCGCUGGGUUACGACCUGCCCAUGGUGGAGGAGGGAGAGCCAGACCCCGAGUUUGAGUCCAUCCUUGACACUGUCGACCCCAACAGGUCAGCAACCCCAGCUCUUCUCACUCAUCUCUACUUGGGGUUUUCAUAAGUCCAAUCAGUAGUUUGAAUAAUAUUUGAGCAAAGCUAACAUUCACAAGAAUGUGAUUUUAUUCAGAAUGGGUGUAUGUCGUGUUGCCUCAUAUUUUCUUCUAUUUGGUUUUCUUCAAGUGCUUUAUUAUGGCUAAAUGAUUUCAUUCUGUGUUUUCCAGGGAUGGCAACGUGUCCUUGCAGGAGUACAUGGCCUUCAUGAUCAGCCGCGAGACAGAGAACGUCAAGUCCAGCGAGGAGAUUGAGAGCGCCUUCCGAGCCCUCAGCGUCGAUGCCAAGCCCUACGUUACCAAGGAGGAGCUUUACCAGGUACUUACACUCCGGCCUUCCCUCGUCCACUUUCUGGCUCUGUCACAGUGCUUAUGGAAAAGAGACUAUUAAAUAGGACCAGAAUUAUGAAUAUGAGCUUCAGCCAUAAGUUGCACAUUUAUAAAUGUCUCUUAAAUAACUUAAGAGGUUUUAUAAGAUUUUUUGUUUUUCUGAGAUAAAAUAACUUACCAUCUCUUCUCCUCUUCAUUCAGAAUCUGUCCAAGGAACAGGCAGACUACUGCAUCUCGCACAUGAAGCCCUACCUAGACAGCAAGGGCCGGGAAAUGCCCUCGGCCUUCGACUUUGUCGAAUUCACCCGCUCGCUUUUCGUCAACUGAUCCCUUGCCUGCCAGUGACCAAUCGGGAUGCGUUUGCCGCACACACACACACACAAAAACACAACUGAAACUGCAUGAGUCUGACACUAGAAUACUCCAUAGUUAUCAGUAUCUAUCUAUAGCUAUAUAUCUCACUCUUUGUGCUUCACUGACGGUAGCCUAGUGGAUCUGUCUGCAUUUGAAUGUUUUAGUGCUUUCGCUGGAUUUAAGACCCUAUAUUGAUGGUAUGCUGUAACAUCACAAUAAGGACUGCAGUGUGAUUUAAUAAACGCUACUGGUUAGAACUGGAAA